GUCAUCACAAUGGGCAAAAAGAGUUCAAAAUUGAAACAGGAUACCAUCGAUCGUCUGACGACUGAUACAUAUUUUACAGAAAAAGAAAUUCGACAGUGGCACAAAGGAUUCCUGAAAGACUGUCCCAAUGGCUUACUCACAGAGCAAGGUUUUAUUAAAAUCUACAAACAAUUCUUCCCACAAGGAGAUCCCAGUAAAUUUGCUUCACUGGUGUUUCGAGUUUUCGACGAGAAUAAUGAUGGUUCAAUAGAAUUUGAGGAAUUCAUACGAGCCCUAUCCGUGACAUCGAAGGGAAACUUGGAUGAAAAAUUACAAUGGGCUUUCCGGUUGUAUGAUGUGGACAAUGACGGUUAUAUAACACGCGAGGAAAUGUACAAUAUUGUGGAUGCCAUAUAUCAGAUGGUGGGUCAACAACCGCAAUCGGAGGAUGAGAAUACGCCGCAGAAACGCGUCGAUAAAAUAUUCGAUCAAAUGGAUAAAAAUCAUGAUGGUAAAUUAACAUUAGAAGAAUUUCGUGAGGGUAGUAAAGCUGAUCCACGUAUAGUUCAGGCGUUAAGUUUAGGUGGUGGUUAAGACGGCCAAGCAAACAAAACGAACGAACGA